CCAGCUCAAGGCCCAAUGGGUAUGAAUCCGAUGGGACCACAAGUACCAAAUGGAGAGAGUUCACCAAUCAACAUCGUCCGGCCUCCUGGUCAGGGAUUUCCUGUUUAUCAUGGAGGACAAGAGUCCCCGGCAACCAUUGGUAGUUCUCCGUCUCCGUCCCCGUCCCAGCUGCCCCCCAGCGUGCCUCCCCCUCACCCACCGCAGUUCGUCAUGGCCCAGUCCCCACGGCUCAUGUCACCCUACAACCCAGCGGCUGUCAUUAUGGCAAAUCGAAUAUUUGGCAAUGCAAUGGUACGACCGCAAGCGCCACCUACCCACGUGCCACCACCAGGGGUCAGCAGUCCCUUCGGUAGCCCAUAUGGAAGUCCCUCGGCUGCCGUGAUGGCCUCACGGGUAUCUCAGGGCGGCCCCAACAUGUUUGACCAGCAGCAAUCUCCCCCGGGCCGGCCGGGCACUGUCUACCCCUCUGGAAGACCGUAUGGAGCUCAUCAAAUGCAACACCAGCCUCUGAAAUAUCGCCGAGGCUCCCACUCUGGGGAUCGUGGAGGUCACAUGGACCCUCGGGGCAACAGCAUGAGCCACGGACACCAGCAUUUCAACGAUCGCAGAGACUACAGCUUCAAUCAGAGGGGGCCAAGUCAGCAUGGAUAUUUCCAGAGACACCACCAUGAGCCAGGCCCAAUGGAGCCCUCAGACCGCGACUCUGAGGAUGCCUACUCGGGGCUGAUGACCAAGAAGGAGAAGGACUGGAUCAUCAAGAUUCAACUGAUCCAGCUGCAGACAGACAACCCGUACCUGGAUGACUAUUACUACACAUAUUACACGAUGAGGAAGAAGGCUGCUGACCGGGACAGGCAACAGCUGGACAACCCGGCGGACAGAAAGGGCAACGAACCUGAGCUCAUCAUCCCCAACAUGAUCAAGAUAGAGCCCAGAACUUACACACCAGCUCAAUUUGAGGGGUCACUUGGUCGUCUGACCGCUGCCAGUGUCCACAAUCCCCGACAGAUCAUCGACGUGUGCAGAAACGUGUCGCCGACCAAUGAGGACUCAAGCCAAAAAUCUGUCAGCAAGGAGUUACGGAGAUACAGGCAGCUGCUCAUGGACAUAGAAAAGGGUUUCAAUAAUAUCCUGGAUGUUGAUGAUAUAGAAAAGAAAAUCUUGGCGCUGCCCCAUGAGAACAGACUUGCCUUGUUUGAAGAGAGAAGAGAAAAGAUCCAGACGGUGUACAACUACUUUAUGCAAGAUGAAAGCCUUAAAUUCAAAAACUUUGUGCCCACCCUGGCAGUGAGGAAGGGGAGGAAACUGCUGGCUAGGUUGAUGCCCCUGUUGGACAAAAUCCAGUCUUUGGAUGUUGUGACAGUAUUAUUGUCCCACUUGCCUGUGCUGAUCAAGAAGGACGAAGAAGACGAGGGUCUGCUGGUGCUGAUGAGUCAGAUCAGUCGUCACAUCGGUCAUUGUGACCUGGAGUUCCUGGUGCACUACGCUGCCAUCCUGCAGAAACAUCCAGAACACAAUGAUGAGGGCAUCUCUCUUCUGCUGCACAACUCUUUCGGCGUGUCCCUCGUGUGCUGCAUGAUCAGAGCAGGAGAGGACUACUUUAAGAACACCUCACCCGUGGAUAUAGACAACCAGCUCAAGACUAAAUGGACUCAGUUCAUCGAGGAGUUUGUGGAGAGCCUGCAGGGUGUUCCCAUGGACCAGCUGGCACGGCCGGACUCGGACCAGCCUCAGGUCGGCGAUCACGUGGACCGCUUUGUCAACAACAAGCUUCUUGGGGCAGUGGAGGACAAACUGGCAUUUCUGGCCAAGCCUCGACAGCAGCCAAAGACAACUGCGACAACAACGCAGCAGCAGCCGCAGCCGCAGC